CGAUCCAUCCAUGUGUAGCAUUUCUAUUCCUGGUUCAACGAACAUCAUUCGCUCACCAAUGUGAAAUGCAGCAUCUUUGACAUGAUUUUGGCCUCCGUAAGAAAAGUUGUGCGCCAUGGCACUCGAUUUCCCACUCGCCAUCAAUCCACGGGGCUGGCGCCACGCCCCUCACGCCUCCGUUACGGUCAGAAUCAGAGCGAUCCGAGAGGGUGGGAGAGCGUGAUUGGCCUGGAGGUUCACGCCCAGAUUUUGGCACUUUCUAAAUUGUUUUCUGCCGGAUCGGGGCGGACUUUGGGGUCAGCCAAUUCUCAGGUCACCUUAUUUGAUGCCUCCAUUCCGGGAACGUUGCCCGUGAUCAACCGUCGAUGCGUGGAAGCGGCUGUACAAACGGCACUGGCCUUGCAGUGCCGCAUCAACCCCGUGUCCACAUUCGAUCGGAAGCACUAUUUCUACGCCGAUCUACCUACUGGUUACCAAAUCACUCAGCAACGGAAAGCUCUAGCUGUGCAAGGUCAAAUGGACUUCAGUGUCCUGCGGUCAGAAAACGUGCCGCACAGUUAUUACCAUUCGGUGGGCAUCACGCAAUUGCAAUUGGAACAAGACAGUGGGAAAAGUCUACACGAUGCGGUUGCGGGUAAAAGCCUUAUCGAUUUGAACCGUUGCGGCAUGGGUUUGAUGGAAAUCGUCUUUGAGCCGCAAUUGAGCGAUGGCGAAGAGGCUGCCGCCAUGAUUCACGACCUUAUUCUGAUUUUAAAAAGAUUGGGCACAUGUUCGUGCAAGAUGGAGGAGGGUGCCCUUCGUGUGGAUGCUAAUAUCUCGGUUAAUCGUCCCGGCGAGCCUCUGGGAGUGCGAACUGAAGUGAAGAAUCUGAAUUCCAUCCGCUCCCUGGCCAAUGCCAUUGAGUUUGAGGUGAGCCGACAGAUCGCGGUCCUGGAAUCUGGCGGAAUCGUCGAGAACGAAACCCGGAGCUUCAAUUUUUCGGCCAAGCAGACUUUGCCGAUGCGUGAUAAAGAGGCCAAACAGGAUUACAGAUUCCUUCCUGAGCCAAAUUUGCCUCCACUGAGACUUUGCGACACGCCCCCUGGCACUCCUACAGACAAGACCAAUCCGCACAUAAUAAACAUCCAUGAUUAUCGUGAAACUCUACCUGAGAUGCCCAAUGUGCAACGCCAAAGAUUAAUGACUGAGACCGGAAUAUCAAUUGAAAGCGCUUCUCAACUCGUGGAUCAGCCGAACCAUCUCGCGUUUUUUGAGAAGGCGAUGACACACAAGCCGCAAAACCCGCAAAUAUUGGUGAAUUUGCUCCAAUUGUCGGUCGUAGAGAUGCUUAAUAUCUUGGACAUUUCCUUGGAGCAAUCUCAUUUGAGUGCCGGACAAUUAGUUGAGCUUGCUGAAAUUAAACACAACGACGAGCUACCACACAAUAUCAUUCUAAAGGCCCUCAAGACUUUAGUUGAGAAACAUUACCCGUCUGCAGAGAGUUUGAUUCAGGAGAUGGAUUGGAGAAGUACCGUCAGAAACGUCAAUCUCAUUCAGGGUCUGGUGACAGAAGCCUUGAGAAACGAAAAGAAACUGGUCAAGCGCUAUUUCAAAGGCAAAGAUGAGCAGAAGGUUGCGGUCAGCUUGGCCAAAAUUGUGGACAAAUCCUAUCCGGGAGAUUUGGACAUGAAACUAGUGACACAAGUGAUCCGGGACUCUCUGAAAGAAAUGGCUACCAACACGCAAUAAAUGUGAAAUAAUGUGUGUUGUA